GCUGGCCGCUCGCGCAGCUGCUCGGCACUCGCUAUAUAAAGGGGCGAAGCGAACAGAACAAGCGGCUGGCGGCUGCAGCCCAAGGGCCGCCGUGCAAGGCCGGGCCGCGGGGCAGGGCGGUAGCCGAACGAGCCUCCCCCGUGACGGCGAACAGGCAGGCCGGCGGGUGGGACUGAGGGGGAAGCCCCCGAGGCAAGACCGGGGAGGGGAGCCCGAGAGGGGAGGGGUGCCUCAGCCGCCGCCCGCCUGCUCUGCCUCAGCCGCCGCCGCCUUGGGGGGCGUGUGUCCUGCCGGGGGGUGGCGCGGGACAUGGCGAGCUCGUCUAAUACCAACCCCGUGCCUAAACUCUAUAGGUCUGUGAUUGAAGAUGUCAUUAAUGAUGUCCGAGAAGUCUUUCUGGAUGAGGGUGUUGAUGAGCAGGUGCUUGUGGAACUGAAAACACUAUGGGAGAACAAGCUGCUGCAGUCUAAAGCUGUAGAAGGAUUUCAUUCAGAGGAACAACAGCUUUUGUUGCAAGUACAACAGCAGCAGCAGCAACAGCAGCAGCAUCACCACCACCACCACCACCAUCACCCACAACCACAGCCACAACAGACAGUACAGCAGCAGUCCCAGCCGCAACAAGUCCUUAUUCCUGCAACACAGCAAGCACCUCAACAACAAGUUCUUGUGCCAGAUUCUAAGCUGAUACAGCACAUGAAUGCAUCAGGCAUGAGUGCUGCUGCAACUACAGCUACCUUGGCUUUGCCUGCUGGUGUUACACCUGUUCAGCAGAUACUUACAAAUUCAGGCCAAAUCCUACAGGUGGUUAGAACUGCCAAUGGAGCUCAGUAUAUAAUUCAGCCACAGCAGCAAGUGGUUCUACAGCAACAGGUUAUACCACAGAUGCAACCUGGUGGGGUACAGUCUCCUGUUAUUCAGCAAGUUUUGGCUCCCAUUCCUGGAGGGAUUUCUCAGCAAACGGGUGUGAUUAUUCAGCCCCAGCAGAUCCUAUUUACAGGAAACAAAACACAGGUAAUACCCACAACAGUGGCUGCGCCUACACCAGCACAAGCACAGAUUUCUGCAGCAAGUCAGCAGCAACCUCAGCAACAACCAGCACAACCACAGCCACCUUUAGUGCUGCAGGUAGAUGGAGCGGGUGACACAUCAUCUGAGGAAGAUGAGGAAGAAGAAGAGGAUUAUGAUGAGGAGGAGGAAGAGGACAAAGAAAAGGAUGGAGGAGAAGAUGGCCAGGUUGAGGAGGAGCCUCUCAAUAGUGGAGAUGAUGUGAGUGAUGAAGAAGGACAGGAACUGUUUGACACUGAGAAUGUUGUUGUGUGCCAGUAUGACAAGAUUCACAGAAGUAAGAACAAGUGGAAAUUUCACCUCAAAGAUGGCAUUAUGAACCUUAAUGGAAGAGAUUACGUAUUUUCCAAAGCCAUUGGAGAUGCAGAAUGGUGAAGCUCCUUACACAAAACAAACUCAAAGCAAAACUGAAAGAGGAAAGGUUGAGACUUGGACAUAUACUUCAACAGAAAUCUGUAUCUGCACACCAGAAUGGAACAGUAGAACCGAGACUACUAGAACAAAGAUAGCAUGGCAAUGUAGACACUACUUCAAAUGGGAAAGCUGAGGCAUUGGUGCAGCUAGCUAUGCCUGAAAGCUGGUUUCGUAUUAAUACCUUAAUUAACCACUUCUACCUAUAGAUAAAGGUAACUAGCAUGUAAGACUUAAUCUCCCCUUCCACUGAUUUGAAGGAACUCUUCUUUUGUUGGUAACAGUAAUAUGGAAAAGCUUAGCGUGUCUUUGUGUAUAAAUUGUGCUGAAUCAUUCCCUCUGGGAGUGGGGUUGGUGAGAACUUUGUGUGCAGGUUUCUAACCAAAUGGUAAAGACUGAAGGUGUUGAGUCCUAAUUACCUUGUAAGAGUAUAACUAUUUUUAAAUCUCUUGUGCUGGGUCAUGCAUAAUUUUAUCUAUAGUUUUAGGCCUUUUGUACACACUUUGAUCUUGGUACCAAAAGAUCUCAUUUGUAUUUUAAAGACAAUUUGAAUUUAAUAAUUCCGAAUCUUGCAUUCAAACAGAUGUUCUUUUAAGGACCUACAGAUGGAAACUGCAUGAUUCUAAUCCACCUCCCUGCUCUCUUGCAAAAGGUCAUCUAAAGAAAGAUUGAACAAAGUUUGUGGUCUCUUUGUGUGCUGAAUUAUUGCUAGUCAGAAACCAAUCUUUAAGAAGAGAAUUCCUCAACCGAAAUGAAUUUGUAUUCCUAUUGCUGAGUGAGCGUGCAUUGCUGGCAACCAGUUCAAAAGUUCCAGGUGACUAUGCACUUUGGGAAAGGGUAUACCCAUUGAAAGAGCUUCCAGUUUCCUUUGAGUAACUAAAAAAAAAAUCAUAAUGACUUUAAAAACAUACUAGCUCUAGUAAUUCAACUAGUAAUAAUUGCAAUAAAUGGCAAAAGGUUACUGCUGAAGGCAAAUGUCUUUCUCUGUGAUUGUGGUAAGGGUCUUUGGAAAUCAGAAUUCCAGGAAUGCAGACCCUCUUCACAAUUAGACUGGUGGGGGCCUUAACAUUUGGCUGUGUUGAGGAAGACAUGUGCUUUCAGAUGGUUUACAGUUACAAGGUAGGAAUGUAGAACACACACUAACUACCUGGAGAGCAAUGAAGAAAAGCCAGAGAAGGGUGAGCUAACAAAUGGGGAGAAGGAUAGUAGCACAUACCUCCUUGCCCCAUUUCUAAUACUAUGUUCUUGAGGAAAAUGAAACUUGAGUAUUUUUUUUUAAACAAAAUUUCCAGUGCAUUUAAUCAGCACUAUGUACUAAUUCUAUUCCCCCCCCCCCGCCCCACUUCUCCCCACCCCCCUGCAUUUCAGUUCAAAUGCCUCGGUUGUCUGCUUGCAGGAAAUCCAUUGUACAUUGCAAUGAGCAAUUAGGUUUUUCUACACCCCAGGGUGUUGCUAAAGCUGGCCAUAUCUGUCAAUUCUAUUGUAUAGUGUGAGGUAUCUGAAUUCUUGUACCAUAAAGACAUUGCUCCUGCCCCCCCCCACCUUUUCAAGUCCUCUUCAUUGCCCACUGUAACAGCAAUUCCUUUUGAGUACAGCUUUGGUUCUGGACUUGAAGGUAACUUCAGCGUGUAAGUAGUUUAUUCCCACUGUGUAAAACAAUGUAGGUUUUUAAUAUACCACUACUUAAUAUGUCAAGAUUAUGUGAUUACAUUGAGGUCAACUGCCAUUUCCCCUCGCAUCUUUCUGUAUCUCGUGGCUUGUUCACAAUAAAUUUUAGCCUUUAUAAUAUGACUUCGUGCAGACUUAAACCAAUCCCAGAAUACAGCACUGUGAACCCCAAAUAGGUUACAGUUUACUAUUCAUUACUGGAACCCAGAUACUGUACAAAUGAUCUUGCAUUGUGUACAUCAUAGGCACUGAAUAGCUGCUUGUCUCUAGCCUUUUAAUUUAUUUUAAAGGAUACCACAGCUUUAAAAAUGACUUAGAUAGGUCUUGUCUGAAAGCAGGCAUGGUGUCUUGCAGAUUAGUUAAGGGUAUGCUUUGGUUUAUGAGGGUGUGUUUAACAAAAGGAUCUGUGAAGUUCUUCUGAAAGCCAGUCAAACAUACCAAACUUGUGCUCUUACUUGCUUCAUCAAGUGUUCCUUUUUAAAUCAAAAAAGCAUGUUUUAAUUUCAUUUUAUUGUAGCAGCUUGCUGUAAGGAUGUAGUUUGCUUACUCUUAUUGUUGUACUUGAACUUUUAAUCAUGUUUUAACAUUGUAAUUGAACAGACCAUUUUGUUAGGUUUCUGCUGAAAUCAUCAUUCCUUUCUGGAGCGCAAGGGAUUCCCAUGGUUAGUCCUUAUCUUAUGUAUAGUUGAUUCUUUUGCUUAAUUUUAGUUUUCAUUUUAAAUAGUUCAGUAUACUUACUUUUGAAGCAAUUAACGGUUUGCAAGAAGGGCUUAUGUUUAGAUUUGCACAGAUAACAGGAGCACCUUUUAAUUUGUGGGAAUAUGGAGAAGACAACUUGUUAAUGCUUUAAUCAGGCAAAUAGGAGAUUUACAGAAUAAUUACAUAAAGGUGAGAGUCUUGUGCCUUUGCAGUCUUCAGAUAUUCCUGCUUUGUGUUGACAUGGUAUCUAGGCCUGUUGGAUUUGCUUGGGAAUAGAUUUCCUGCAGAGCUUCAACUGUAACUUAACAUUCUGAAUCUAAUUUUAUUGGCUUUCUAGUAUGUGCAAUCAUUUGAAACACCUACAUUAAAAGUUGUCUUUUAAGGAGGUUUUAGAGAUACUGUCACAAAUAUCUUUAUAUUGGACUAUUUAAAUUUUAAUAUGUAAAAUGUUUUCCCCUAUCUGUCUAGUGGCACACCAAGUUUCCAUCUCCCUUGUUCCUUUAUCACAACUUGCUUUUUGUCUUCAGUCAUCUCCCUGGAAAUGGAUCAUGAUUUCAUAAAUAAAUACAAAUAUUGUGUUAGCUGUCUUCUCAAGGGAUGGAACUUGUGAUUGGAGCACAGUUGCUAGAAAAAGCAAAGAACAUGCAACAUUGAUAUGAACAGAUUGUAGGAAAAAGAGUGUUGGCUCUGCUGGGUUUUUCAUUUCUCAUCUAUCCACAUCAUACAGCAAUAACGUCCCUGUCUGAUUAGUGCUGGAUAAAACUCUGUUACUCCAGUGUGUGAUAAAAUCGCCUUUUUACCUGUUUCUUAUAAAAUCCCCGUUCUUCUACUGGAAAAAAAAGUGUUCUCUUUUGGCAUGGUUUUGAAAACCUUGGCAAAAUUUUGGUUUGUUGGAGUUCAGGGCACCUAACCUUGCUUGUUCUGCCUUAAAUGCAGUUGAUCAGGUAUGGCUCACAAGUUUCGUAUUUUCCAAACCUCUUGGGUGCUCUGUCUUUCUGCAUUCUUAGGAACAUUGCAAAAUCAAGUCUUUUGAUUGCCUAUGACAAGGACUGUUUGCCUUGUUUUUAUUUGGAUGUUAACAAAGCAAGAGUUGGGUUUUUUUUAGUGGAAGAACAAAUGCAGGCUAGCCACAUGUGGGAACAUCACACAUUCAUUUGCUCCUGCAUGCCUAGACUACCAAUACAACUUAGGGGAGUGGGAAAUAUCCUUAGUUGCUGUUCUGAGCUACUAUUGUCAACUGCUGUUGUACAUAUACUGUUAUGUGUAAGGGGAUAAAUAUAUUUAUUAUGUUUGUAAAAUUCAGUCUGUACAAUUGAAGAUCAAGGAUGCUCUUCCUGGGAUGUACAGGAUGUGUUCAAAGGCCAUGCUUGGAAUACAAUUACAAAACUUAGUAUUUUGAUGUACUAAGACCUAUUUUAAGUUUAAUAUUUUGCCUUUGCAAAAACUUUAAUUAAAGAUGUUAUUUAAAAUAA